UGACAUGCUUGCUUCAGGUUCUCUUCUGUGUGUGUUUUGAGUGGGUGCAGACAGAAUAUGAAAUUGCUGGUGCAGUCUUUUAGGCAAUACAAAGCAGUAUCAUCGAGAAUUCUUCAGUAACACAAUUUCUGCAGUAUACUGCUGGCGUGAAGAUAUCAUUGCACAGUAGCGAUUGACUAACUAAAGAAAGAGCUGUUUUUUAAUUUCAAGUGUGAUUGAUAAGCGAAUUCACGAAAUUUGAAGAAACAGACUCUCUACAAAAUGGCACAGCUGCGGAUUUCCCUCUUGAGUUUUGCUCUAUUCGCUUGCUCAUUCCAAGCAUUCGAGGCUCGUCAUUUGGCAGAUAGGGAAAAUAUGAAAGCUACACUGGAUGAAGCGAAAAUCCUUUUAGAAGAUGCAUUGAGGGGAAAAUCGUCAGGUGAACGGAUUGACAAUAAUGGUGCACCAGCAAGAGGCCACGCCAAACCUAGCGCUGAUCAACUCGCAAGCCUUUUGGAUGCUGCUGUGAAGGAGCUUGAGGAUGAAUACGAGGCAGGGCAUUUGGAAGCCAAUCGCUUCUAUAACGAAAAUGCUGAUCAAGCAGCAGCAAAAGAGCACUCAAUUUCUUCUGGUAGAAGUAAAUUGCAUUCUGGGAGUACAAAUAAGAAAGGUACAUCUCGCAAGAAUGGGGCAAUAAAACAGGGUGUCUUGCUGCCUUCAUAUGCUAAUAUGGUGCAUAAUGAUGGUAGUAAUGAGCAAGGACCGUACUCGGCGGACGAACUUCUACUAUUAGGUUCGCGUCGUGUAGGUGGUAAGGAAAGCCACGAACAGCACGCCCGCCUUCCGUACUAUGAAAAGAUUAGACAGUACGCCGAUGGGACAACAGUAGGCCAAAGUGAUGGGCCCUAUUCAGCUAAAUUCCUCAAAGCAAUCAAAGGCCUUUUUCAUGAUGUAGAUGCCACAGGUCUACAUGAAGGGAUUCAAGGACAAGGAGUUAGGCUGGCAGGACAUGGCUCAACGAAAAGCAAGUCAAAAGCAAGCGAUGAAAUGAACAAUGGCUGGAACCUUGGCUCGCUCAAGCCAUAUUUCAGCGACGUUUAUGAAGAUCUGCAACAUGACGCGAGGAUUGAACCAAGUGAUUCUGGUCGAAGUUCAGCCCUUCCACUCGAUGAGACAGAGUACGAUGAUCUAAAUGGACGUGGAAAAUUAGAAGAACCUCCUUAUGGUUGGUUUCAGAAGAGUGUCAAGUACCAGCAUAAAGAUGACUUGGACAACACACGACUUGCCGAUGAGCUGGAAAAUCUCGCAGCAGCCCUUGAGGACGAAAUCAGUGGUAAACACCCUAAAGUAUCUAACUCAGUUCGACACGACAAGAACAAGUUUCCAAAUUUGAAUAAGCUUCAAAAAAGCUCGAAACAUGAAGGACAAAGAGUAGGUCAAGGACCUUCAACAAACGCAGCAAAGCAGCAAGAGAUUAAGGCAUCAAUGCAAGAAACAGACGUCGUGAGAAACGACUUGCACCGUCAACCAGAAAUCGAUAGCAAGUCAGUGCCUGCAGCAGCGUUUGAAGGCCGGCCUAGAUCUUCUGAAGACGGUGCUCCACUAGGUAAGGAGGAAGCGCAACCUGAUGACAGAAAUCGUGAGUCAAGAAUGAUUGACGAAUUGGAAGCCCGUGUUGCAGAGCUACAGCAGGACAUAGCGGCAAAAGAAAGACAAAAUCGCAAUUUCAAGGUGAACAAGGGACUAAGAAUGUAGAGCCAUUGAAAUGAAUCAAGUUAUGGCUUGACAUACAAGUGACUAUUCAACAAUUAAAAAAAUUAUAAAAUUCAACUAAAAGACUUCAUAGAUAAUUCAACUAAAUUAAUUAAUUCGUAUAUUAUCCUUUAAUGUUAACGGAUAUCGCAACGAGCCUAUAACAGAGGUUUAACGAUCGAAUGCCAAAAUCUUUCCUUUAAGACAAAUUUUCAUAGAUAGGGUCUUAUUCUAGCGUAUCUUUAUUCUUGCUCAAGUAUAAACAGAAAAAUAAGAGACGAGAAUAACAGAAAAAUAAAAAGGACAGCAGAAAUUAUAGGAAGCAUAAAAUCAGAGGAAAGCACUAUUGUGAAUUUUUAGGGGAACGAUUUAUAUUUCUUCUUAUACAGUAUGGGACCUAUGCAGGCAUGCCGGAGCCGGGCGGCCUAAUGCCCCCCAAAACAUGUUUACUGAAGCAUGAUACAGAGGUUGUGGCAUCAAAGACAAUGGUUGCACGCUACUAAGGACUCCAACACCAGUUGGGAAGUGAGGCCAAGGGAAAAUUUAACACCCACAAAAAAAGUUCGUGAAAAAAUUUACUGGUUUGCAAAAAAGUGGCCCCCCUUCAUCGGUGGCCCUGACUAAUCUAGGAGAUUGUCAACUCAUCUAAAGCAUCCCAACUCCAAAAUGUGCUCCGGAGUCCCUUCUAUGACCGGCAGUGACAAAAGACAAUCCAAAACCGAGAAUGCUUUAAAUAUAUUUAGGAUUUUGAAUAAAAAUUUCCGCAGAGGUUAGCUUAAAAACGGACUUUAAUUUGUAAUGAGGUUUUGAGAGGGAAUAGUGUCUGUAUACGUCACGUGUCCUUGGUACUAUCUAUGCUGUACAUGUUUUAAUGCAGAUCUUACAGUCUAAGAAGGAGAUAAACCUCAAUUAAAGCCGAUUAAACCCUAAUGAAAGAUUUUAUCCCGAUUAAAAUUUUACUUCAAAACGUACGAAAUUUACAAUGUUAAAAAAGUAAACGGGCUUAAGAAGGUUUAGAGGCAAACUUUAAUUGUUUCAUUUGCGCAAGCAUCAACUGGAAACACGCUUUGAAGAGUGAACACCCGUGGGAUGAAAACUGAUUUUUCUUGUCGGGAAGGCUUUGACGAUAACAAAUGUAGGAUAGAAGUUUACGUCGGCUUCAUUUAGGUGUCCAUUAAUGGGGUUGUCCGGAAAUUUGAGGUGUCCGGUAGAGUUAGGUAUCAGGUAAAGGCAGCUGUUUAGUAACUGGAAGUGUCCAGCAAUGGAAAGUGUCAAGUAGGGUGGGGAAUACGGUAACAUGAGAUGUCCAGCUAUUGGUAUUUAGCAUUAAUAGAAGGUGCCCUGUAAUGGGAGGUGCCCUGUGAACUCAAGAAUCAGGUAAAACGACUUGUAAUGAAAGAUGUUUGGUAAUGGAAAGUGAUGGUUUUAUUAUAUUUGACAGUCGGUAUAAAACAAAGCUUUCUUCGAAUAUAAUUGCUUGGCUCAUAAUAAUAAGUGUAGCAAAAUGAUUCAUUUAAUUUCCUUUUUUCUGCAAAAAAUUUUUGCUCUUUCUCAAAGUCAAAUAACUUACAGCGUACAUUUAAUGAUAAGAUCCCAAAAUGUCUCUUAGAUAUUUCCUCUUUUGGCAAAUCGAUUCUAUAAAUGUAAAUACAAGAAAAUAACGUGCAGAGAAAGAAUGACUCGAAAUUGUGCAGUAUUAUGGUAAAAAUAGUUCGGGUUAUCAUCGCUUCAUUUUUGUGUCUCU